CUCCUCCACCACCACUGCCGCGGAUCUUUGGAAAGCCAUUCAUAAUUUGUUUCACGAUAAUAAAGCCGCUUGAGCCAUGCAAUUGGAACAACGCUUCUACAACAUCGUCAAGGGCGCAUCCACUAUCGCUACUUAUUGUCAAACCUUGCGGAAUAUUGCCGACUGGUUAGAUGACGUGGAUGCCCCGGUGACGAAAAAUCAGCUCGUCUUGCAAACCCUACGUGGCCUUCCCGAGGAUCUUGGUUCACAGGCAUCGUUUCUGCAAUUCCAAAAACCCUGCCGACCUUCAUGGAAACUCGAUCUGCACUCCUCCUCCUUGAAGGACAACGCCGCCCACAACCAGCUUCUGGCGACGAGGGAACUGCCCUGGCCACCCUCGGCCACGGUGGCUUCCGGCAGCAGGGUCGCGGUGGUGUGCCUGCAGGCGGCGGGCAGCAAGGCGGCAGUGGCAGUGGCAGUGGACAGCUCUAUGGCGGACAGCAUCAUGGCGGACAAUCUCAAGGCAACGGCGGACGUGGUGGACGACCGAACCGCGGUCGCGGUCGAGGUCGUAACUCUGGAUUCAACUCCCGGACUACUCCAACGAACUUUGGACCCUGGCAAACCCCUUACCAAAACCCCAGCCCAGGCCUACUGGGCCCACGCCCCACCACCCAUCCCUUCCUUGCCCAGGCCCACUUCACCUCCCCCACCUACCCCUAUCAGCCCACCCCUUUACCCAACUCCUACCCACAGCCCCCCAUAUACCCAAAUUCACAAAACCCAACUCAACCCUACCCCUACACCUACGGGUCCCCCUCGGCCCAACCCCAAUCCCUCACCCCCACAGCCUUAGCCCACCAUUUUGAGACAAUGACCCUCCGUGAACCCACCUGGCUCAUGGACACUAGCGCCACUCAUCACAUCGCUUCAGACCCAGGGAAACAUGUUCGUCUUCCUUUUACUUCCUCCGCUAGACUUUCCUAUUUUCCCUUUCAAUUAAUGCAUACUGAUUUA